CUUCCGGCAAAGGGAUUGUUUUAUUUUCAUCUGUGGGCCAUUGUUUCGACGAGUUUUAGCAAUCCCGAGUUUUCAUCCACGGACUAUUUGGGGGGGACAGAACGAUAUUCACAGCACUGGUUUCUGAAGGCAGCAAAAAUGUCUGCAGAUAUGGAUCUGUCUCCUCCAGAAGUUCCCGAGCCAACUUUUGUCGAGAGCCUACUGCGCUACGGCCUCUUCCUUGGUGCCAUCUUCCAGCUCAUUUGCAUCCUGGCAAUCAUCGUGCCCACCUCCAAAGGGCACGAGAAGGAGGAGACCGAGUCGACCAACGGCAAGGCAGCAGAACAUGCCAAGAAACCCAAAGGAGUGGUGCCUCAAAUUAGACCGAAAUCCAAGAAGGAAAGCAAAAAGAAGCGAUAGCUGUGCGUCGUCAUGGAAUUUUGUGUGUUUUAGUCAAUAUUGCUUUUCAAAGCCACUACAAGUACAUGAAACACUGCAUUUACUCAUAUUGAUAUUUGAUUUUGUCUUUGUAUACAACCACUGUUUUUAUUUCAGCUUUUUUUUUCUGACUGAUAUUCAUAAUUUUUUUCAAUAAAUU